GUGCACAAGACAGUUUGCGCAGCACUUUCCCGCGCCACGCACGCUCCUACCUGCGCCGUCGACGUAACAACACUCGAAACCCAUCCAACAAUUACGUGAUUCCAUUUAAAGCCAUUUCCAUUCAAUGUGAUUGACAUAUCGUUAUACAUAUGUAACGUCCCAUAAAAACUAUUUAACAUCGAGUCUCGAAACAAUUGUCAAUUGUUUGUUCAUGUGCAAGUUGCCUUUUCAGCCGUGUUUUGCAAAUACUAGCCGAAGAAAGCGGAAGCUGGGGGUGAACGCCUAAACACCCGAUUAACUCCCUUGAUCUAAACUUUAUACGCGAGCUCAGGAGGAGAAAAAGUUCGUUUUAGAAGGUGUGGAGUAGUAUGCUCCGGCUGCACCUGACAGGCAAACAUCUUCGAGUGAUGCUGUGGUGCAUACUGCUCGGACUUCAACCAGCCUUCGCCGGCAUCCUUGACCCCUUCAACUGGGCUCGAUCUGACAGAAUCGAAGUCAACAUACCUUGGUUACCAUUUGAAAACGAAACAAGGUGUUACGAUGAUCUGGGAUGUCUGAACAUCACGAGGAGUUGGUACCACCUCAUUCACCGGCCUUUUAACGUCUUUCCGCUGCCAAGAGUUGUAAUUAACACGAGAUUCAUAUUAUACACUAAGAAGAACCCUACAGACGGGCAGCUACUGAACGUGAACGUGAAUAAGACAAUAGUAAAAUCAAACUUCAGUCCACGAAGGCUUACCAAAAUGAUUAUCCAUGGAUUUAUUGACACACCGCUUUCUAACUGGGUGAGUGAAAUGAAGGACGAACUUGUAAAAGCGGGAGACUUUAACGUGGUGAUAGUGGACUGGGCUGGUGGUAGUUUACCACUGUACACACAGGCAACAGCCAACACUCGCCUCGUGGGACUUGAAGUUGCGCAUUUUGUUAAUACUUUACAGAAAGAACACGGUUUGAAUCCACUUGAUGUUCAUAUAAUUGGGCAUUCGUUAGGUGCCCAUACAGCUGGCUAUGCGGGAGAAAGGAUACAGGGCUUGGGCAGGAUUACGGGUCUCGACCCGGCGGAGCCCUAUUUCCAAGGAAUGCCAAUACAUGUCCGGUUGGAUCCUUCCGAUGCCCAGUUCGUUGACGUCAUACACACCGAUGGAAAAAGCAUAUUCCUUUUAGAUUUUGUAUUUAUGGCAGGAUAUGGAAUGUCGCAACCUGUCGGACAUCUGGACUUUUAUCCCAAUAAUGGGAAGGAACAACCUGGUUGUGACUUAACUGAAGGGCCAUUAGUUCCUCUUACACUGGUUAAACAAGGACUGGAAGAAGCGUCCAGAGUAUUAGUGGCCUGUAAUCAUGUCAGAGCGAUUAAAUUGUUCACGGAGUCUAUAAAUUCGAAGUGCCCUUAUAUUGGUCAUCAAUGUCCAUCAUAUCAGCAUUUCAUAUCAGGAAAAUGUUUCCACUGCGGUCACGGGUGUGCUGUCAUGGGAUUCCACGCAGACAGUUCACCAGGCCUUAUUACAAACAAAAACAACAAUUCUGAGAACGAAGUGUAUCCGUCGGAAGAACAAGAAAAUAUUGGUGCCAAAUACUUUCUUAUGACCGCCAAAGAAGCUCCAUUUUGCCAACGACAUUACAAAAUUGCUAUUCAAUUAGCUAACCCGAAAGGAGCUGAAUCGUGGGUGCAGGGCUUCCUGAAAGUGACUCUACUGUCAGACCGAGGAGUUAUAAGAGGAAUGGAUCUCACUCCAAGCAAUUAUGUAAAAUUAGAACAUGGAACUACGUAUACUAUCGUCGUGACACAUCCAAUGGACUUGGGCGGCAAAGUUAGGAAGGUGGAGCUAUCGUGGGAGUACGAUAUGAAUGUACUAGAACCGCGAUCUCUAUGCAUCCUGUGGUGCAACGACCGACUAUAUGUCAAGUCGGUGCUCGUCGACCAGAUGGACCUGCCUAGCAGGGGGAAGCGCAACGUAGAUUUCAGCAGUAAACUAUGCACACCAAAGCGCGAGUUUGCUGAGAUCCCGAACAGGGGGUCUGCCAGUUUCUAUGACAAUUGCAGCAGGUAGCUGUGCCAUAAUCGACGCAGGCUAAAUUUGAAUCAAUGAUAAUGAAGUUAAAAAGAAAGAUAAUGGCUGGUGGUAGAGUUUGGACGGACAAGACAGUCUCAGGGAUUGAAAAUUGCUUUUAAACAACUAAUUCGUUACAAGGGCAAUUAAGAAACUCCCAAGGAACUUUGAAAGACAUUAAACAGGCAAACGUAAUGUUUACAGUACAAGAAAAUAUCUACGUUACGUCACAGAAUACUAAAUAAUAACUACUUCUUAGAUUGUGGAUGCUAGUUGCACAAUUUCAAUCGAAAUCCAGAGAUGUGUGGUGAUCACUAGAGGCAGAAGGACGGAAGGAGGAGGAGGAAGAGGAGAGGUCUUAAGAGAUUGUAGUGACCUUUAGUACUAUUGUCCACUGCAAUAAAACAAAAAGUAAUAAAUAGGAUCUAUAGGACUGGCAUUGGAAGCCUCUUUGUGGCUGGCCACAUCCAGCCUUUUUAAGCUUUAAAAGACUAGUGAGGGACGCUAUUGCAAAUAAGUUGGAAUGAAUGUUUGAGUCGUGAGUUAGUGAACAGGGUGAUGUGUUUUUUUUAUAAAUUAUAAAUUGUACUAUUGUUAAAUAAUAGUCUAGAAUAAGACUCGGCAUUGACACCUACUUUUAAAGUAGGGAUGAUAUAGACGAAGAAUACUCAUUUUUACUUUAUAAUUUUUAUAAAAUGCAUAGAAAAUAAAUGUGAAGGUUUUUGUUUUAAAAAAAAACAGUUUCCUCGAUUUUAUUGUAUUGUAUAGAAUCUUUCUUUGUAUUCCUCA